AGUAACAGCUACAAAAUGUCCCGGAUAUUAAUUCUCGUAGCCUUUCAAAUUGUUCACUUUGCCGACAAAAGCCGAUGCGAUGAUCCCGAGGUUUACUUGAAUGCUACUGGCCUUCUUGCAUACAACGGCUUUCCAGCAGAAAACCACUAUGUGGACACACGAGAUGGAUUUAUUUUGAAUAUACAGCGGAUUCCCCAUGGUCGCUUCAGGAAAAAAGCAACAAAGGGCGUGGUGGUAGUACAGCACGGACUGACCGGGGGUUCGGACUGUUUUCUGAGCAACAUGGUCAACAACAGCCUGGGGUUCCUUUUUGCAGACGCGGGUUAUGACGUAUGGCUCCCCAACAGCAGGGGGAAUCUUUACUCAAUGACACACAAGAAGUACAACCCAUCUCAAGAGGAAUUCUGGGAUUGGAGCUGGCAGGAGAUGGCGGAGUACGAUCUUCCCGCUGUAAUACAUCACGUUCUUAACGUUACCAAGGCUGAUACUAUAUACUAUAUAGGUCACUCACAGGGAACUCUAAUAGCUAAUGCACAAUUCAGCGUGGACAAAGAUUUAGCCUCCAAGAUCAAGCUGUUCAUAUCUAUGGCCCCCAUAGCCAAGGUCACGCACGUGGGAGGUUUUCUGGGUUUUCUAAAGCCUCUGCUUACGGAAAAGGGUGCUGAACUGGUGCUCGGUAAGAAAUCGUUCGAUCAAAAUUCUACCCUGACCAAGUGGUACGCCGACGUGUUCUGUACAACUCUCCCUACAGAGUAUAUCUGUAACGGACUGUCCUCCAUUAUCAUGGGCUGGGACACGCGAAAUCUUAACAUGACAAGAGUGCCAGUCUACACAUCUCAUUCAAAUGAAGGAUCCUCAGCCAAAGAUAUCAUCCAUUACUUCCAAGAAAUGGAGGCUGACAAGUUUCAGAAAUUUGAUUAUGGACCAGAUGGGAAUCUCAAACGCUACAAUCAGACCACACCCCCUCAGUACUACCCCCAGAAUAUGACAGUACCAGUAGCUAUGUACUAUGGGGAUAAUGACUUCCUAGCUGACAGGACUGAUGUACAAUAUCUCCUCAAUAAUUUACCAAACAUUGUUCAUCAGAAGGAGUUUCCUGACUGGGAUCAUGUAGACUUCAUAAUUGGAAAGGAGGCUCAUCAACUUCUUUAUAGAGACAAGUUAAUGUCAAAAUUUUCAUAA